CAAUUUCCCAUUUCAAACUGACGUCAGGACGGCUAUAAAACUCAGCAAUGCUUUUAAACUCAUCUGCUGGGUGAGCCUUUAAAAUUCUCCAACAAGCCCGGGGUAUUUAUUUUUUUCUACAAGACUGCAGUUUGUCUACCACUUGCAUCUUCUACCGUCUCCAAUUUACGCAGUAUAUUUUUAAAGAAGCCAUGAAGUGUUAAUGUUUGAAAUACAAGGCUGCCGAUAUUCUCAUGCAUUGAAAGGAAAAGGGCGAGACGCGCGCACCGCUCUGAUGCGUCUGUGCAAUAGACUCUGCAAAGGGAAAAUCAUUUAGGAAAAGAUUGCCGCUGCAAAUUGAAAACCUUUUUUCUUGGUUUGAAAUAAAUAAAUAAAUAUCAAGCUGGCGCACACUCUUUCAAACCAGAACAGUUUGACAGCUGCUCUUCACCCCCUUUGGAGGACUGUCAACAGCAAAAGGAUGGCAUCAGAACUGGCAAUGAGCAACUCCGACCUGCCCACCAGUCCCCUGGCCAUGGAAUAUGUUAAUGACUUCGAUCUGAUGAAGUUUGAAGUGAAAAAGGAGCCGGUGGAGCCCGAUCGCAGCAUCAGCCAGUGCAGCCGCCUGAUCGCCGGGGGAUCCCUGUCUUCCACCCCGAUGAGCACGCCUUGCAGUUCGGUACCUCCUUCUCCAAGCUUCUCGGCGCCUAGUCCGGGCUCCGGGAGCGAACAGAAGGCGCACUUGGAGGAUUUUUACUGGAUGACCGGUUACCAACAGCAGCUGAACCCGGAGGCAUUGGGUUUCAGCCCCGAAGACGCCGUGGAGGCGCUGAUCAACAGCAGUCAUCAGCUUCAGAGCUUCGAUGGUUAUGCUAGAGGGCAGCAGUUUCCCGGUGCAGCCGGAUCGGGAGGCACUAUGGCCGGGGAAGAAAUUGGUUCGGCAGCUGCGGUAGUAUCCGCAGUUAUCGCGGCUGCUGCAGCGCAGAAUGGGGGUCCACACCAUCACCACCAUCACCAUCACACCGGAGGACAUCACCAAGCACCAGGCAUCCCCUCCAACGGAAACUCGGGAGGAAAUCACCAACAUAUGCAUUUGGAUGACCGGUUUACGGACGAGCAGCUGGUGACCAUGUCAGUGCGAGAGCUCAAUCGGCAGCUUCGCGGGGUCAGCAAAGAAGAAGUGAUCAGGCUUAAACAAAAGAGGAGAACCCUCAAAAACAGAGGCUAUGCCCAGUCAUGCCGCUACAAGAGAGUCCAGCAGAGGCACGUCCUGGAAGGCGAAAAGACCCAGCUCAUUCAGCAAGUGGAUCACCUCAAACAAGAGAUCUCCAGGCUGGUCCGGGAGAGGGAUGCCUACAAGGAAAAAUACGAGAAGCUUAUCAGCAAUGGCUUCAGAGAAAACGGCUCCAGCAGUGACAACAACCCUUCGUCUCCAGAAUUUUUCAUGUCCUCAAGAAAGUUUCUACACCUGUGAUAGAGAAGAUCCUGUGUCCCUGGCCUGGGAGUCUGAGAAAACACAAUGCCGGAAUGCCGAUGGCAGACAGCAAGCCUGGAAGCACAACAUUUAAUAUACACCGCCACACCAGAAGACGAGAAGAAAUCACACAACCGCAGCAAUGUUCCUCAAAGCCUCUUCGACCUCUCCAUUCCUCUUUCUAUUCAACUUUUUCUUUCUGUUUCUGAGCAAUAACAAGAUAAAAUAGACAUUCGAUUUCAACAAAACAGUGCUAUUGAAAAGAAUAUUUUCUCUUCAGGUGAAAUUAACUCCGCAUGUCUGAUUAAGCCAGAAGAACAUCCCCCUAUCCCUGGGCAGCCCUUGAAAGAAUUAUUCUCCACUGGAGGACUCCUUGUGUUUCAUCACAUUUUAUUGCAUUUUUUUUUACACAUUACCUUUUUAUCUAGGGUAAACAUGUUAGACCUCUUUACUUAGCGCUAACAGUUUGCAUAAUGAAAUAACUUAUAAGCAGUGUUCCUUAAUACCCAGGUACAUUAGCACAUAAACUCCAAACGAAUGGCAUAGAAUAGAGUGAAAUGGACUCGUGUACAAGCCACUGUGGCGUUUCAUAGUGGAUUAUCCAGUAUUCCUUUCGAUCAAGGUUUUCAUACCUGUAUAUAUUGUAAACAGGUCUGCGUUGUCAAUUUUCUUUAAACUACCAUGAGAAUAUAUAAUUCAGUGUGUUUUCUAUACCUAUAUUGGAAUAUAUUGACGUAAACAGCUAAACUAGACUGUGCAGUUUAGAUUUUCACCAUAAAAAUUGUGUAAAAUAAGACUUUGAUUUGGAGGGGUAAGAAUUCCAAAGCAAAUAGCCCCCCCCCCAUCAGCAACAACCCACUGGAGUCACGAGUUUCACAAAUGUGAUUUCCCAUCAAAGCUAUACCCUAACAAUGACCGGCAAAGCCGAAUGCAAGAAGCACCUUUCCGGAAGUAGGCCUACAGACAAGGCGAGCUCCAGAGAUGGAGACGGACAGGAGGACAGGAUGCCCUUCACCCGGAGGUGCUUCGCAUUUCCCAUCAGAGCUGAGCACUGACCCUGCCACUCAGCACCGUCAUGUCUGUAACCAAGGUGUGUGGAAGCGUUUACUUGAUGCGUUUGGAUGAAUUCCCGGACUGGCAGCUUCCUCAUACAGCACGGUCCAGGUACUCUGUCUCCCCUUCUUUGCGUGCUCUUGACUCCAGUGGAGUUGGCCUGUGGUGGGCUGGAGCUAAAUGGCCUGGGAACCGACCCUCUGCUGGACCAGCUGGGCACUGAGCUCCCACAGGCUGGCUGCCGUUGCGUCGUUCUGAGCCUCCUGGGAGGGCAGGCAGCGGAAGCAGUUGUUGAAGUACAUCCCACCCAGGCCCUCCAGCUCAGGUGCCACAGCGCAGUAUACAAUGGUUGCCGCUCCCUGUUGCUAGGAUAAAAGAAAAAGAAAAAAAAAAUACGUGUCACAACCCCACUGACCCAACCAGAGGGAAACAGCAUGAACCAGAGGAGCAGUUCAGUGAAGGAAAGGGACCUCAAGCACACCCAUGUCACCCCACCCUGCUCUCUGCAGUACAGUCCGCAUCCAGCAGCACCUCCUGCAUGACCCAAACGCUGAGGUCUACAGCGGCCAAAAGAUCAAGUCCAAGCCUGAUCUCCGGGAAUCGGCUAAACGGUCAAGGAAAACUGCUUUGUAUAUGUAUAUAAAUCCAUAUAUGUACAGGAGACGUGAAUUAGCCAGCGUGCAUGCCGAUAUGUACUGUAGAUAAGCCGGCAGAAAAUUAUCAUAAAACUGCAGACAGGGGUUGCUAUUGUUGUGGACAGAACAGCUCAAAUCUUCGUAUGAAUGGGCACAGCGGGCUGCAGAGACACUUCCUCGUUCUCCGAGCCUCUUUGAUUAAAUUAGGCUUUGUGGGGUG